CUCUCGCAGAAAACGAUAAUUUCCCCUACAUUUCAUUUUCUCCCACAGGAGGCCGAGAGACUUUUUCUUUUCUGAUUUAAGAAUCGAAGGGGAUUUCGCCGACGUUUGAUCAACAAACCAAACCCUAGGGUUCCGGUGGCACUGAACCAUGUGGAGACGAUUGCCUUCUCAACUUCAAAAAUUCCGAUCCGUUCAGAGAUCUUAUGGCGUUACCACUUUGUCUCCGUCGCCGGUGACUCUCCAGCCAUGCGCCUCUCUUGUCUCUCGUCAUAUUUCUUCUGUAUCAGGAAAUGUUUCUAAGAAGAGAGUUGAAGAUGUAAUGCCUAUUGCGACUGGUCACGAGCGUGAGGAGCUUGAAGCUGAGAUUGAGGGACGGGAUAUUCUGGACAUCAACUUUCCUGAAGGUCCUUUUGGUACCAAGGAAGCACCUGCUGUGGUCAAAUCGUACUAUGACCAAAGAAUUGUUGGAUGUCCUGGCGGGGAAGGCGAGGAUGAGCAUGAUGUUGUUUGGUUCUGGCUAAAGAAAGGCGAAUCACAUGAAUGUCCAGUAUGCUCACAAUAUUUUGUGUUGGAAGUGGUGGGACCAGGAGGACCUCCAGAUGGUCAUGGUGACGAACAUCAUUGAUUGCAGCUUCCACCUUUUAUGUCUGGUAGAAUAAGAAUCUGGUGACAGGGUCUGGAGUAUAUUCCUCAGCUUCAGGAUUCAAGAGAUUUUUGGCUUGCUCAGCUUUGCUUUUGUACGCCUUACUUGACAGACAUUUUUGGCCCUAUUCCCACCAUAUAUUCUUUCUUCCUCAUCUUUGUGAAUUUAUGGAUUGUUGGAUGUGUCGCCAGUUUUAAGACUUUAUGGUCUUCAUAACCAUAAACCCAUUACUCAAUUCCACCAGAUAAUAAUUAAUAUAAACCUCAAGUUUAUGUUCU